AUGCGUUGUUUGGUUGAGAGCCUGAAACAUAUCUUGAUGGCGCGGUUGAGCGACCUGUCAGCGUCGAGAAGGCGCUCGUGGAUUUCGUUCCGGUGGAAGUCGGCCUUCAGCUCCGUUGCGGACGGCCGUCGCUUGAGCCUCAACGACCGCCUGACCUCCAGCAACGAACGCGGAGACGACGUCGAAGGAGGUUAGUC